GCCAGCACUGAGCAUGGAGCUUCAUUCACUCGUACACUGCUAAACACAGAAUACUGCAGCCUGCGCACAGAGGGAGAGAGAAAGAGAGAGAGAGAGAGAGAGAGAGAAGAGAGAGAGAGAGAGAGAGAGAGAGAGAGAGAGAGAGAUAAACACCAAAGGGGGAAAAGAGAAGAGGCAUGGUUCGUAAUCAGGUGGUGACCCAGUGCUCUAUACAGAAAUAGUGAGAAGAAGAAGAAGAAGAAGAAGAAGAAGACGACAGAAGGAUGGUUGAAAGAGAAGUUGAGAGGAGCCAACUUGACCCCUGACCCCUCAGAAGAGGAAAGGAGAGGAUAAACAGAACAAGAGAAGGACAUAAAGACAGAGAGGCCAUCCCUUAAAACCCUAAAGAGGAGUAAUGUCCCGCCGGAGCUCCGUGGGUGAGCUGGUUCCCAGGGACAUCUCUGAAAUCCUAGCCCGCGAAGGCAAGGCCCAACGUGGCCAGAAGAAGACCGGUGGUUCCUUGACCUUCAGCUGGUUGAAAGGAAGCAAGAGAAAGAAGAAUGUCACUAAUGGACAGAACCGGACAGGGGGUGGGAUCGGAACUAAAGAGGGAAACGGAACCAAACACGGACAACACCAGAACAACGAUACACCUAAAGCUGGUCCUAAGGGUCAGGAUGAGCAGAAGAGGUUGACAGUUCACUACACAGCCUCCUCCUCACACUACCAGGAGAAUGUGUUUAUCGAGGGCAGUCGCCCUCAGUACCUAGAGGACCUGCACACUGAGGCACGGGAGGGGUUAAAGAUACUGCAACAAGAAGAAUAUAAUAAUGGAGUGGGCUUUCAGGAUGACCAGAGUGGCCUCCCAGAACAGGAUGUCAGCUCCAACCACUGGGAUGGAUGUCAGGAGUCCGGAAGCACCGCCGGGAAUUCUGUUACCGCGGCGACCUCCGCUGCAUCGUCGGCCAUGUCCACGAGACCCGUGCUCACGCGCCAAGGCUCCACGUUCAAGCCUCUGAACCCAGUGAAAAGACUAGAGAAGGGGAAGAACAGGAGCAGGAGGACAACUAUCAUGGGCAUACCCCAGCAGGUCCAGAGAGAGCUGGACCUGCACAGUGGGUCUGCGUACCAACUUCCUUCCAAGCUCCUGAACGGCUCUGGAGGACAAGGUCGUGACAGCCAACCAGAUGUGGUCGUCAUCCCCCCCAUCGACGGAGAGACCCCUCUAGCCAACCACGAUGGAGCUAAGGCAUCCAGAGAGGAGCAGCUGUUGAGACACCACCUCCAGUCUGUUUACAGGGACGACCAGGGCUUCAGGCACCACAGGGGACUGGACUCUCGUCUCUCCUCCACCCAGAGGCCCAAGUCUCUGGCCGUGCCGGGCACGACCUCCUCUUGCUCGGUUGGAUUCCCCAACUUCCUCCAGGAGCCACUUGGUCCGGUGAUGUCCAUCUCUCCCCAGGCCACCUACCUGUCUAAGAUCAUCCCCAACGCCUACCUGCCUUCGUCCGUCGACGUCAUACAGAUUGACCGCAGAACCAGCCAUACCAAUGGAAACAAUGGGAAAGGAACGGUCCACACCGUCAACAAGAGCAGCCCGGCAUCUGUGUCGUCAGCAAGCCCCGCGUCUUCGAGGAGGUCGGGUGGCGAUGGUUGCUAUGACGGCGGCGAAGCCCUUUCCCAUGGUGACAGUAGUUCCCGUGACAAUGGCUCUACGGCGACCACACGCUCAGCGACUUCGGGAUCCGGCUGGAGCCACUCGCAGUCUUCCGAGAUGAUCAAGUCCAACUCCUCCGCCAUCUCCUCCACGAAGGGGAGCUUCGGACCUGCUAACUCACAGACAGUGAGCCUCGUUGGGCAGGAGAGACUGCUGCAGCAGCCUGGUGCUGGGGACCAGGACCUGGUGAGCCUACAAAGCUCAGCUAGCUGGGUCAGCAGCACCAGUAAGGUUACUGGUACUGCAACUGCUCAGGGGGGACCUGAGUCGGAUCUAUCUGGGCCUGUCAGUGCUGGGGAGAUGAGCGAUAUUGGAGGAGACUCUCACAGAUUCUCUCGCAGUCUGUCGGUCAUGAAGACCAAGCUGCCCCCGGCUCCCCCCAGGAGAACCAACUCCCUGCACCAUGAGGAGAUGAUAAAGAGGCGACUGGUGGAGAUUAAAGACCUCAGUGACUCUGUGGGUGGGGAGGUGGAGACUGCGGAGGACACAAGCUUGGUUAUUUUCGAGAUCUCUAAAGAGCUCUACAAAGAAAUCACAAAGAGCUCUAUCCCUGUAUCCAACUCAUCUGUGUUUAACUCUUUAAAUGGUACAAGAUCCUCCACAGCCUCUAAUCCUCUGAGUCCCACACAGCCCCCCCCUGGUGGUAGGCCAGGGUCCAGCAGCUCUUCCCCACAGAAAGCUCCCUCAGAUGGAGAUACAUUUGAAAAGACCAUGUCCCCCUCCAGUGGGUACUCAACGCAGAGUGGAACGCCGACGCUCUCCCUCAAGGGGAUCUGCCCUUUCGCCUCGCCAGGUAAACACCAGAAGAUGCCGGUCAAACCGGAACGUUCCGGUUCAAGAGCUUCCUCCUCGGCAGCCUCUAUCUCGUCUUCCCUCAACUCCCUGUCUUCAGUCACCUCAGAACACGUCAAUCAAGAGGCUUCAAAAAACAUCCCUAGCACACCCCAGCAGGCCUCCCCACCUCCGCCUCUAAGGACAACAGAAGAGCCACCAACGGUGACCACGGUGACCCCGACCCGUUGCUCUGCAUCCCAUGCGAUCAGAGAGCUGCUUAACAUUCCGCCACCCCCCAACAUCAAAGCCCCUUCCCCUCCCCCGGAAACCUGGGUCCACAACAGACACACCUUCGAACUGCUGUGCGGUCCUUGCCCCAACGUCAACAGGCUAGCACAGCUCCAGAGGCAACAGGAACUAAAAGAUGAAGCUGACAUCAUUAAGCAAAAGCAGGAACCUCAAACUGAAGCUAGCAAAGAGCCUCAAGGCUCAGAUGAAAAGCAGGCUACCGUAGAGGAAGUCCCUUUAAUAAAAUCAGAAAGCAAAUACAUUGUUUCGAAAGAAGAAACUGAGCCUACGCUAGAGCAGGUGUCUGAGGUAUCCGAUUGUGUUAGUCAGGGAGUCGAGAGCACAGAAAGUCAAACGAAAGAAAAAGGAAGUUCGGCGAUGAUCGCAGAGAGGGUAGAAGCAAGUGUAGAGGUCCAGAACCAGAACCAAAACCAGGAGCAAAGUAGUAGUAGUAUUGUACAGGUCAAGGAUCAAGAAGAGAGUCUGGAGACACAAGUUAGUUUAGCUACAAUUCCAAAGAAGGAACCCCCUCCUGUCAUGAAGAAAAGUACUCGUAGAAAAGAACCUGUAAUUCAAGUAACAACAGACAUUCAACAAAAGUUGCCAUUUCAUGAGGUCACAGUAGAGGAGAAGGUAGAAUCUCCCAGCGAGAGUGAGAAGUGUUCCCUACAGGCGGAGGUAGAGGUGGUAGCUAAGGAAGUUGAGGUUGAGGUAGUUGCUAAGGAAGUUGAGGUAGUUGCUAAGGAAGUUGAAGUAGUAACUAAGGAGGUCGAAGGUCAGAGUGCUACUGAAAACACUACAGAGGAAAGCCCCACUAAACCAGAGGCAUUUACACAGACCCUUGCCAUGGAGCCUCCCAAAGUGGACAGGGUGUCUCCUCCAGCAUCUCCUCCCCCUGCCCACCACCCUCCUCCACCCCCUUCUAAGACACCUCCCUCCUUAGUGUCCACUCCCCCACCCGAGGUAGAGGAGGAGUGUGAGGAAGAGAUUCUCAUAGUAGAGCCCUGCUGGCCCCCUCCACCCCCACCAGAGGAGCCGGCAGAUUCAGUCUUUGAUGAGCCAGAUGAGAUGGACUUUCCACCUCCCCCUCCCUUCAUGACGGAGAGCUUGCCAGAUGUAGUGGAGAGCUGUAACACAGUCACUGAUGUCCAGGAGGCGUCCAUUGUGGCUCUGGAUGUGGAGGUGGUUACGGAAACUGUGAAUGGAGCAACUGUGGCUGGGGCAACUGUGAAUGGGGAAACUGCAGAUCUGUCACCCAUUCCGGCUCAAAUGGAGAUGAAGGAGGAUAGACCUGAAGAGGUGAUUCUGAAUUCAAAUGCUGUUCCAACUGAUGAAACCAGCUCUGAGGUUUCUGAAUCAGCUGAGCUCCAAACAAUUCCCGCAAAUGAGUCAACUGUUGUUUCUCCAGUUCAGCCCAAUAAGAAAGAGGCAGAGGUCAAGCAAUCUGCCCAGCAGUCAAUCACAAUGCAGGAAGCCAUAACUCAACCAACACAAACUUCUCCUCAGUCACAUGAAGUCGUGGCUCUAUCAGAGGAUGUCCCUCCCCCACCCCAGGAGGCUCCUCCCCCACCACCAAUGAAAACAGCCUUGUUGCCCCCCUCAAGUAUCUCUCCUCCAUCUGUUAUCAGUGUCCCCCUCCCUUCCCCUGUACAAUUUGAAGAUCAGAUGCACUCUGAGCCUGCUGUGAUUCCACCCCCCGUCAAUGUCCCACCUCUUCUCCCCCUCCCAUUUGAGAACCAACCCCCUGCCAGGAGACAGCUCAGCUUGGUGAACAGAGAGACCAGGAGCACAGAGCAUCUGUCGAGGCACAACAGUGCCCCCAUUCCCAAAGAAGACGCCAACAUUCCACUGGUCACACCCUCUCUGCUUCAAAUGGUACGUCCCAGAUCGGUCAACGUCAGUGAAGACCAGAUGAAAACGCCUUCCGACAACGACAAUAAUUACAACAAGGGGAAUCCACCUGCUCACGAUCAGAGUUCAAUCCCAACCCAAAUCCCUGGAUCCCAGAACACAACACCCCAAAAACCAAUCCGGAAAUCCCCAUCUAUAAAAUCCACACCUCUGUCAUUGAAGUCAUCAUCACCGUCGAUCAUCGCCCCCUCGAUGCGCUUGCAGGAAGCUAUCCGCAUGAAGACAGCGGCCAUGUCUUCCAGAGAUGGUCUUCUAACGCGCUUUAGAAUGCCAUCCUCCACCUCAUUCCCCAGGAGCAGUGGUGGUGAAUAUGAGACGUUAUCCCCGAUGUCACCAGAAGGGGGCGACAUGCUAAAGUCCCCCGCUUCCACUGCUAGCUUCAUCUUCUCCAGGAGCUCAAAGAAGGUCGUUAUAGAAACGCCUGUCGCCUCUUCCUCCCCCGAGAUGCAGGCGAGCCUUCAAAAGAACCUAGCCGCCGUGCUCACGAAGGUUUCCGACCAAUCGACGGCUUCCACGGUCACUAACGGCAACGCUGGAAGAACCGGGAUUCCGAGGAGGGUUCCACCACCCGUGGCUAAGAAACCAGUUCUUCCGGUGUUGCCGUUAGCGACCUUGGAGAAGACUGUUUUUUCUAUAGUGACGGGUGGUUCUCAGAGUGAGAGGAGCACUCCGUCACCAAGGGGAACAGAAGCUAACGAGGAGACAGAGACGGUUCGACCUGCGGGCCAGAAAGCACUGACAGAGGACCACAAUACAGCAAGUAAAAUGGAGACGUCUAGCAUUGCAGAAGCACCGAUGCCCUUGUGAAAAAAAGACUGCUUUGUGUGGACUGAACUUUUGUGGAUUGGGACUAAGACGGAGGAACAAAGCGACAACUGCAAGACCCAGAGAGACAGAGAGAGAGACAGAGAGAGAGAGAGAGAGAGAGACAGAGAGAGAUUGAGAGAAAGAGAGAGAGAGAGACAGACAGAGAGAGAUUGAGAGAAAGAGCGAGAGAGAGAGAGAGAGAGACAGAGAGAGAGAUUGAGAGACAGAGAGAGAAAGAGAGCGAGAGAGAGACAGAGAGAUCGAGAGAAAGAGAGAGAGAGACAGAGAGAGAGAGAGAGAGAGAGAGAGAGAGAGAGAGAGAGAGAGAAAGAGAGCGAGCUAUGGAGAGAGAGAGAGAGAGAGAGA